AUGGGGUGCUGUGAUGAGGAGUUACGAGGUGAUGUGAUGAGGAGUUAUGGGGUGAUGUGAUGAGGAGUUAUGGGGUGAUGUGAUGAGGAGUUAUGGGGUGAUGUGAUGAGGAGUUAUGGGGUGAUGUGAUGAGGAGUUAUGGGGUGAUGUGCUGAGGAGUUAUGGGGUGAUGUAAUGAGGAGUUAUGGUGAAGUGAUGAGGAGUUAUGGUGAAGUGAUGAGGAGUUAUGGUGAAGUGAUGAGGAGUUAUGGGGUGAUGAGGAGUUAUGGGGUGAUGUGAUGAGGAGUUAUGGGUUAUGUGAUGAGCAGUUAUGGGGUGAUGAGGAGUUAUGGGGUGAUGAGGAGUUAUGGGGUGAUGUGAUGAGGAGUUAUGGGGUGAUGUGCUGAGGAGUUAUGGGGUGAUGUGCUGAGGAGUUAUGGGGUGAUGUAAUGGAGUUAUGGGGUGAUGAGGAGUUAUGGGGUGCUGUGAUGAGGAGUUAUGGGUGAUGUGGCUGAGGAGUUUUGGGUUAUGGGUGUGAGUGAGGUAUGGUGAUGGAUUAUUGUGUAGUUAGGGCUGUAGAAUGUGUUAUAGGAGUGUAUGGCUGGGAUAUGGUGUGUUGGUUAUGGGGGAGGAGUAUGGGAUGAGAGUUAGUGCUGUGAUGGGACGUUAUGUGAUAGUGAUUGAUGAGCCAGUGAUGAACCGUUAUGUGUGUAGGCGUCUUAUGAGGCAGUGGGAUGGGACAUGAGAGUAUGUGGUGGUGGUAGUGAGAGUAUGGUGCACAGCGAGAUGGGGAUCAGUACUAGAGUAGUGCCUAUCGUUAGGCAUGUAGCAUGGGUGAAUAUGUCAUGAGACAGGGUGAGUCAGAGCUUGGGCCUGUGCAUGAGGAGCUUGGGAUGGGGACAGAGGACAUGUGGGAUAGGCGUUAUGCUGGAUGGAUCAUUUGUGCAAUCAUGACCUUUGCACAGACAGGUAGAGUCAUGUAAUAAGACUGAGAACGGGGCAUGACAGUCUCAGGGAUGGCUGGACUACAGGAACACGUUGGGAAAACAGGUCACAUGUAAGAUGUGCACGUACACUAACAGCGGCCUGAACGAGAUCUAGGAGACACAGCAAGAAAGGGUGAUGGCUACUACAACACACCGCUAAAGACGACAACCACUGCUAGAGAUCACUUGCAACAACAGCUGAAAAGACAGUACACACUGCUAGAGAUGGCUCAACAGACACCUGAAACAGACAGCAACACUGCAGAAUGGCACUCACAACCUGAGCUGGUAACUAGUCAACAGUGACACACGUGCAGUAGCUGGUAACAUAGUCACUGAACAGGCACUGUUGGACAGACUAGAGAUGCUAGUCACUACAGUGUACUACAGACAUUGUGGCAGAGCUGGUAAUCAGUCACUACAGUGCACUCGUUGGCCAACUGAAAAGACAUCUAGGUCACUACAAGCACUACUUUCCAGAGCUGCAAUGCUAGUCACUACAGACAACUACUGGACCAGACCUGUAGGGCAACAACACCUGUACAAACUGACAUGACACUUGCCAGAGCUGGUAAACAUACAGUGACACUACGAUGGCCAGGAUCUAAAUGUAUUAUUACAUACGUGCACUCAGUGCCAACACUGUAUGGCAAGACAUACUGAUCUCAGUGCACAACUGUAUACAGAGCUUAUUAGUAUACAUGAUGGUGCCAGACACUGUAACUAUGGUAAACAGAUACUACGAUUGGUCAGGCUGUAACAGUAUAAAGACAUACUGAUGGUCCAGGCUGUCACAUGUAUAAAGACAUACUGAUGGUCAGGCUGAACAUGUUAGACUCUGUGUCAGCAACAUGUAUAAAGACAUACUGAUGGUCAGGCUGCAACAUGUAUAAAGACAUACUGAUGGUCAGGCUGUAACAUGUAUAAAGACAUACUGAUGGUCAGGCUGUAACAUGUAUAAAGAAUACUGAUGGUCAGGCUGCAACAUGUAUAAAGACAUACUGAUGGUCAGGCUGACAUUGAAUGUGCUAACAUGUAUAAAGACAUACUGAUGGUCAGGCUGUAACAUGUAUAAAGAAACUGAUGGUCAGGCUGUAACAUGUAUAAAGACAUACUGAUGGUCAGGCUGUAAACAUGUAUAAAGACAUACUGAUGGUCAGGCUGUAACAUGUAUAAAGACAUACUGAUGGUCAGGCUGUAACAUGUAUAAAGACAUACUGAUGGUCAGGCUGUAACAUGUAUAAAGACAUACUGAUGGUCAGGCUGUAACAUGUAUAAAGACAUACUGAUGGUCAGGCUGUAACAUGUAUAAAGACAUACUGAUGGUCAGGCUGUAACAUGUAUAAAGACAUACUGAUGGUCAGGCUGCAACAACAUGUAUAAAGACAUACUGAUGGUCAGGCUGUAACAUGUAUAAAGACAUACUGAUGGUCAGGCUUAACAUGUAUAAAGACAUACUGAUGGUCAGGCUGUAACAUGUAUAAAGACAUACUGAUGGUCAGGCUGUAACAUGUAUAAAGAUAUACUGAUGGUCAGGCUGUAACAUGUAUAAAGACAUACUGAUGGUCAGGCUGUAACAUGUAUAAAGAUAUACUGAUGGUCAGGCUGUAACAUGUAUAAAGACAUACUGAUGGUCAGGCUGUAACAUGUAUAAAGACAUACUGAUGGUCAGGCUGUAACAUGUAUAAAGACAUACUGAUGGUCAGGCUGUAACAUGUAUAAAGACAUACUGAUGGUCAGGCUGUAACAUGUAUAAGCUACUGAUGGUCCUGUAACAUGUAUAAAGACAUACUGAUGGUCAGGCUGUAACAUUAAAAGCAUACUGAGGUCAGGCUGAACAUGUAUAAAGAAUACUGAUGGUCAGGCUGUAACAUGUAUAAAGACAUACUGAUGGUCAGGCUGAAACAUGUAUAAAGACAUACUGAUGGUCAGGCUACUGUAAAACAUCGAUGGUCAGUAAACAUUUAGACUGAUGGUCAGGCUGUAACAUGUAUAAAGACAUACUGAUGGUCAGGCUAACAUGUAUAAAGACAUACUGAUGGUCAGGCUGUAACAUGUAUAAAGACAUACUGAUGGUCAGGCUGUAACAUGUAUAAAGAAUACUGAUGGUCAGGCUGUAACAUGUAUAAAGACAUACUGAUGGUCAGGCUGUAACAUGUAUAAAGACAUACUGAUGGUCAGGCUGUAACAUGUAUAAAGACAUACUGAUGGUCAGGCUGUAACAUGUAUAAAGACAUACUGAUGGUCAGGCUGUAACAUGUAUAAAGACAUACUGAUGGUCAGGCUGUAACAUGUAUAAAGACAUACUGAUGGUCAGGCUUGAAACAUGUAUAAAGACAUACUGAUGGUCAGGCUGUGAACAUGUAUAAAGAAUACUGAUGGUCAGGCUGUCAACAUGUAUAAAGACAUACUGAUGGUCAGGCUGUAACAUGUAUAAAGACAUACUGAUGGUCAGGCUGUAACAUGUAUAAAGACAUACUGAUGGUCAGGCUGUAACAUGUAUAAAGACAUACUGAUGGUCAGGCUGUAACAUGUAUAAAGACAUACUGAUGGUCAGGCUGUAACAUGUAUAAAGAUAUACUGAUGGUCAGGCUGUAACAUGUAUAAAGAUAUACUGAUGGUCAGGCUAAACCAUGUAUAAAACAUAUGAUGUCAGGCUACCAACACAUGUAUAAAGACAUACUGAUGGUCAGGCUGUAACAUGUUAUAAAGACAUACUGAUGGUCAGGCUGUAACAUGUUAAAGACAUACUGAUGGUCAGGCUGUAACAUGUAUAAGACAUACUGAUGGUCAGGCUGUAACAUGUAUAAAGACAUACUGAUGGUCAGGCGUGUAACAUGUAUAAAGACAUACUGAUGGUCAGGCUGCAAAACAUGUAUAAAGAUCAUACUGAUGGUCAGGCUGCAAACAUGUAUAAAGAUAUACUGAUGGUCAGGCUGUAACAUGUAUAAAGACAUACUGAUGGUCAGGCUGCAACAUGUAUAAAGACAUACUGAUGGUCAGGCUGUACAUGUAAUAAAGACAUACUGAUGGUCAGGCUGUAACAUGUAUAAAGACAUACUGAUGGUCAGCUGUAACAUGUAUAAAGACAUACUGAUGGUCAGGCUACAACAUGUAUAAAGAUAUACUGAUGGUCAGGCUUAAACAUGUAUAAAGACAUACUGAUGGUCAGGCUGUAACAUGUAUAAAGACAUACUGAUGGUCAGGCUGUAACAUGUAUAAAGACAUACUGAUGGUCAGGCUGUAACAUGUAUAAAGACAUACUGAUGGUCAGGCUGUAACAUGUAUAAAGACAUACUGAUGGUCAGGCUGUACAUGUAUAAGACAUAGAUGUCAGUGAACAUGAUACAUACUGAUGGUCAGGCUACAACAACAUGUAUAAAGACAUACUGAUGGUCAGGCUUAACAUGUAUAAAGAUAUACUGAUGGUCAGGCUGCAACAUGUAUAAAGAUAUACUGAUGGUCAGGCUGUAACAUGUAUAAAGACAUACUGAUGGUCAGGCUGUCAACACAUGUAUAAAGACAUACUGAUGGUCAGGCUGUAACAUGUAUAAGACAUACUGAUGGUCAGCUGUAACAUGUAUAAAGACAUACUGAUGGUCAGGCUGUAACAUGUAUAAAGACAUACUGAUGGUCAGGCUGUAACAUGUAUAAAAGACAUACUGAUGGUCAGGCUGUACAUGUAUAAAGAAUACUGAUGGUCAGGCUUAAACAUGUAUAAAGAUAUACUGAUGGUCAGCUACAACAUGUUAAAGACUACUGAUGGUCAGGCUACAACAACAUGUAUAAAGACAUACUGAUGGUCAGGCUGUAACAUGUAUAAAGAUAUACUGAUGGUCAGGCUGUAACAUGUAUAAAGACAUACUGAUGGUCAGGCUGCAACAUGUAUAAAGACAUACUGAUGGUCAGGCUGUAACAUGUAUAAAGACAUACUGAUGGUCAGGCUACAACAACAUGUAUAAAGACAUACUGAUGGUCAGGCUGUAACAUGUAUAAAGACAUACUGAUGGUCAGGCUGUAACAUGUAUAAAGACAUACUGAUGGUCAGGCUACAACAACAUGUACAAAGACAUACUGAUGGUCAGGCUGCAACAUGUAUAAAGAUAUACUGAUGGUCAGGCUGUAACAUGUAUAAAGACAUACUGAUGGUCAGGCUGUAACAUGUAUAAAGACAUACUGAUGGUCAGGCUGUAACAUGUAUAAAGAUACAGUGGGGGAAAAAAGUAUUUAGUCAGCCACCAAUUGCGCAAGUUCUCCCACUUAAAAAGAUGAGAGAGGCCUGUAAUUUUCAUCAUAGGUACACGUCAACUAUGACAGAAAAAAUGAGGGAAAAAAAUCCAGAAAAUCACAUUGUAGGAUUUUUAAUGAAUUUAUUUGCAAAUUAUGGUGGAAAAUAAGUAUUUGGUCAAUAACAAAAGUUUCUCAAUACUUUGUUAUAUACCCUUUGUUGGCAAUGACACAGGUCAAACGUUUUCUGUAAGUCUUCACAAGGUUUUCACACACUGUUGCUGGUAUUUUGGCCCAUUCCUCAUGCAGAUCUCCUCUAGAGCAGUGAUGUUUUGGGGCUGUCGCUGGGCAACACGGACUUUCAACUCCCUCCAAAGAUUUUCUAUGGGGUUGAGAUCUGGAGACUGGCUAGGCCACUCCAGGAGCUUGAAAUGCUUCUUACGAAGCCACUCCUUCGUUGCCCGGGCGGUGUGUUUGGGAUCAUUGUCAUGCUGAAAGACCCAGCCACGUUUCAUCUUCAAUGCCCUUGCUGAUGGAAGGAGGUUUUCACUAAAAAUCUCACGAUACAUGGCCCCAUUCAUUCUUUCCUUUACACGGAUCAGUCGUCCUGGUCCCUUUGCAGAAAAACAGCCCCAAAGCAUGAUGUUUCCACCCCCAUGCUUCACAGUAGGUAUGGUGUUCUUUGGAUGCAACUCAGCAUUCUUUGUCCUCCAAACACGACGAGUUGAGUUUUUACCAAAAAUUUAUAUUUUGGUUUCAUCUGACCAUAUGACAUUCUCCCAAUCCUCUUCUGGAUCAUCCAAAUGCACUCUAGCAAACUUCAGACGGGCCUGGACAUGUACUGGCUUAAGCAGGGGGACACGUCUGGCACUGCAGGAUUUGAGUCCCUGGCGGCGUAGUGUGUUACUGAUGGUAGGCUUUGUUACUUUGGUCCCAGCUCUCUGCAGGUCAUUCACUAGGUCCCCCCGUGUGGUUCUGGGAUUUUUGCUCACCGUUUUUGUGAUCAUUUUGACCCCACGGGGUGAGAUCUUGCGUGGAGCCCCAGAUCGAGGGAGAUUAUCAGUGGUCUUGUAUGUCUUCCAUUUCCUAAUAAUUGCUCCCACAGUUGAUUUCUUCAAACCAAGCUGCUUACCUAUUGCAGAUUCAGUCUUCCCAGCCUGGUGCAGGUCUACAAUUUUGUUUCUGGUGUCCUUUGACAGCUCUUUGGUCUUGGCCAUAGUGGAGUUUGGAGUGUGACUGUUUGAGGUUGUGGACAGGUGUCUUUUAUACUGAUAACGAGUGGAGGAAAGAGGAGCCUCUUAAAGAAGAAGUUACAGGUCUGUGAGAGCCAGAAAUCUUGCUUGUUUGUAGGUGACCAAAUACUUAUUUUCCACCAUAAUUUGCAAAUAAAUUCAUUAAAAAUCCUACAAUGUGAUUUUCUGGAUUUUUUUUCUUCUCAAUUUGUCUGUCAUAGUUGACGUGUACCUAUGAUGAAAAUUACAGGCCUCUCUCAUCUUUUUAAGUGGGAGAACUUGCACAAUUGGUGGCUGACUAAAUACUUUUUUCCCCCACUGUAUACUGAUGGUCAGGCUGUAACAUGUAUAAAGACAUACUGAUGGUCAGGCUGUAACAUGUAUAAAGACAUACUGAUGGUCAGGCUGCAACAUGUAUAAAGAUAUACUGAUGGUCAGGCUGUAACAUGUAUAAAGACAUACUGAUGGUCAGGCUGCAACAUGUAUAAAGAUAUACUGAUGGUCAGGCUGUAACAUGUAUAAAGACAUACUGAUGGUCAGGCUGUAACAUGUAUAAAGACAUACUGAUGGUCAGGCUGUAACAUGUAUAAAGACAUACUGAUGGUCAGGCUGUAACAUGUAUAAAGACAUACUGAUGGUCAGGCUACAACAACAUGUAUAAAGAUAUACUGAUGGUCAGGCUGUAACAUGUAUAAAGACAUACUGAUGGUCAGGCUGUAACAUGUAUAAAGACAUACUGAUGGUCAGGCUACAACAACAUGUAUAAAGACAUACUGAUGGUCAGGCUGUAACAUGUAUAAAGACAUACUGAUGGUCAGGCUGUAACAUGUAUAAAGACAUACUGAUGGUCAGGCUGUAACAUGUAUAAAGACAUACUGAUGGUCAGGCUGUAACAUGUAUAAAGAUAUACUGAUGGUCAGGCUACAACAACAUGUAUAAAGACAUACUGAUGGUCAGGCUGCAACAACAGGGCAGUGAGUACACAGUGUGAGUGUAUGUUAAAUGAUGACAUAAUGCCCUCAGCUGUGCCUGUCCCUGGAGUGUGGAAGCCAUGUGGCAGGACCAGAGCCAGGCAGGCCCCAUGAAUGGACAAUAUGGCCCCUGUGUCAGCCAGGCCUCUCUGUGGGUAGCAGGGUUUCCAGGUUGUGACAAAAAGCUAAAGCAAAAAGAAAAGCUAUAAAUCAAACUGUUUCUGGUCGGGAGAAAAAAUAUAUAUAAAUCCUUCAUAAGAGUUUCAGGUUUGGGGAAGCGUACAAUUUAGUUAGGGGUGGUAUGUAAUAUGGCUCUGGGGGGAGUUAGGGGUGGUAUGUAGUAUGGCUCUGGGGGGAGUUAGGGGUGGUAUGUAGUAUGGCUCUGGGGGGAGUUAGGGGUGGUAUGUAGUACGGCUCUGGGGGAGUUAGGGGUGGAAUGUAGUAUGGCUCUGGGGGAGUUAGGGGUGGUAUGUAGUAUGGCUCUGGGGGAGUUAGGGGUGGUAUGUAGUAUGGCUCUGGGGGAAGUUAGGGGUGGUAUGUAGUAUGGCUCUGGGGGAGUUAGGGGUGGUAUGUAGUAUGGCUCUGGGGGAGUUAGGGGUGGUAUGUAGUAUAGGGGUGGUAUGUAGUAUGGCUCUGGGGGAGUUAGGGGUGGUCUGUAGUAUAGGGGUGGUAUGUAGUAUGGCUCUGGGGGAGUUAGGGGUGGUAUGUAGUAUAGGGGUGGUAUGUAGUAUGGUUCUGGAGGGAGUUAGGGGUGGUAUGGCUCUGGGGGGAGUUAGGGGUGGUAUGUAGUAUGGCUCUGGGGGAGUUAGGGGUGGUCUGUAGUAUGGCUCUGGGGGAGUUAGGGGUGGUAUGUAGUAUGGCUCUGGGGGAGUUAGGGGUGGUAUGUAGUAUAGGGGUGGUAUGUAGUAUGGCUCUGGGGGAGUUAGGGGUGGUAUGUAGUAUGGCUCUGGGGGAGUUAGGGGUGGUAUGUAGUAUAGGGGUGGUAUGUUGUAUGGUUCUGGAGGGAGUUAGGGGUGGUAUGGCUCUGGGGGGAGUUAGGGGUGGUAUGUAGUAUGGCUCUGGGGGAGUUAGGGGUGGUCUGUAGUAUGGCUCUGGGGGAGUUAGGGGUGGUAUGUAGUAUGGCUCUGGGGGGAGUUAGGGGUGGUAUGUAGUAUGGCUCUGGGGGGAGUUGGGGGUGGUAUGGCUGGCUUUCUAAGAAGCCGUCACCACUCAAUUCAUUUCAAAGGGGCUUUAUUGUCUGGAUUACUGCAACUCGCUGUUGGCUGGGCUCCCUGCCUGUGCCAUUAAACCCCUACAACUCAUCCAGAAUGCCGCAGCCCGUCUGGUGUUCAACCUUCCCAAGUUCUCUCACGUCACCCCCCUCCUCCGCACACUCCACUGGCUUCCAGUUGAAGCUCGCAUCCGUUACAAGACCAUGGUGCUUGCCUAUGGAGCAGUGAGGGGAACGGCUCCUCCGUACCUUCAGGCUCUGAUCAGUCCCUACACCCAGGCGAGGGCAUUGCGUUCAUCCACCUCUGGCCUGCUGGCUCCCCUUCCUCUGCGGAAGCAUAGUUCCCGCUCAGCCCAGUCAAAGCUGUUCGCUGCUCUGGCACCCCAAUGGUGGAACAAGCUCCCUCACGACGCCAGGACAGCGGAGUCACUCACCACCUUCCGGAGACAUUUGAAACCCCACCUCUUUAAGGAACACCUGGGAUAGGAUAAAGUAAUCCUUCUACCCCCCCCAAAAAAAAAAAAAAAAAAGUAUAAUUGUAAAGUGGUUAUCCCACUGGCUAUAGGGUGAAUGCACCAAUUUGUAGUCGCUCUGGAUAAGAGCGUCUGCUAAAUGACGUAAAUGUGCCCUUGAGCAAGGCACUUAACCCUAAUUGCUCCUGUAAGUCGCUCUGGAUAAGAGCGUCUGCUAAAUGACUAAAAUGUAAUGUAAAUGUAAUGUAGUAUGGCUCUGGGGGAGUUAGGGGUGGUAUGUAGUAUGGUUCUGGAGGGAGUUAGGGGUGGUAUGGCUCUGGGGGAGUUAGGGGUGGUAUGUAGUAUGGCUCUGGGGGAGUUAGGGGUGGUAUGUAGUAUGGCUCUGGGGGAGUUAGGGGUGGUAUGUAGUAUGGCUCUGGGGGGAGUUAGGGGUGGUAUGUAGUAUGGCUCUGGGGGGAGUUGGGGGUGGUAUGGCUGGCUUUCUAAGAAGCCGUCACCACUCAAUUCAUUUCAAAGGGGCUUUAUUGGCAUAGGAAACUUGUUGACAUUACAAAAGCAAGUGAAAUAAACAAUCAACAGAAGUGAGAAGGCAAAUAUUGCACUAAAAAAGGUUUUAAAAAGAUAAAGACGUUUCAAGUGUUAUAUUAUCAGCUAUAUGUUUUAUCAAUGUGCAAAUAGUUGUAGUAUGAAUAGUGGGGGAAGAUACAUAAACAGAUAAAUAUGGGUUGUAUUUAUAAUGGGGUUUGUUCUUCACUGGUUGCCCUUUUCUCAUGGCAACAGGUCAUAAAUCUUGCUGCUGUGACUGCACACUGUGGUAUUUCACCCAAUAGAUAUGGGAGUUUAUAAAUGUUUGUUGUGUUUAACAAUUAUUUGUGGGUGUGUGUAAUCUGUGGGAAAUAUGUGUCUCUAAUAUGGUCAUACAUUUGGCAGGAGGUUAGGAAGUGCAGCUCAGUUUCCACUUCAUUUUGUGGGCAGUGUGCACAUAGCCUGUCUUUUCUCGAUAGCCAGGUCUGCCUACGGCGGCCUUUCUCAAUAGCAAGGCUAUGGUCACUGAGUCUGUACAGUCAAGGAUUUCCUUAAUUUUGGGUCAGUCACAGUGGUCAGGUAUUCUGCCAGGUAGCAUUCCAAUUUGCUCUGUUUAUUGGUUGAUUCUUUCCAAUGUGUCAAGUAAUUAUAUUUUUGUUUUCUUAUAAUUUGGUUGGGUCUAAAUGUGUUUCUGUCCUGGGGCUCUGUGGGCUCUGUAUGUGUUUGUGAACAGAGCCCCAGAACCAGCUUGCUUAGGGGACUCUUCUCUAGGUUCAUCUCUCUGUAGGUGAUGGCUUUGUGGGGGAAUGUGUGGGCAUCGCUUCCUUUUAGGUGGUUGUAGAAUUUAACGGCUCUUUUCUAGAUUUUGAUCAGUAGCGGGUAUAGUCCUAAUUCUGCUCUGCAUGAUUUGUUUGGGGUUUGGCGUUGUACACAAAGUAUAUUUUUGCAGAAUUCUGCAUGCAGAGUCUCAAUUGGGUGUUUGUCCCAUUUUGUGAAUUAUUGGUUGGUGAGUGGACCCCAGACUUCACAACCAUAGAGGGCAAUUUGUUCGAUAACUGAUUUAAGUAUUUACACAGUACAGGCUAACUAACAGGUUGGGUCAGAACCCUAUAGCCACAGGGAUAUGGCACAGUACAGGCCAUGCCACAGCAUAAUCACAGCUAAUUAACAGGUUGGGUCAGAACCCUAUAGCCUCAGGGAUAUGACACAGUACAGGCCAUGCCAAAGCAGAAUCACAGCUAACUAACAGGUUGGGUCAGAACCCUAUAGCCUCAGGGAUAUGGCACAGUACAGGUCAUGCCACAGCAUAAUCACAGCUAACUAACAGGUUGGGUCAGAACCCUAUAGCCUCAGGGAUAUGGCACAGUACAGGUCAUGCCACAGCAUAAUCACAGCUAACUAACAGGUUGGGUCAGAACCCUAUAGCCUCAGGGAUAUGACACAGUACAGGCCAUGCCACAGCAUAAUCACAGCUAACUAACAGGUUGGGUCAGAACCCUAUAGCCUCAGGGAUAUGGCACAGUACAGGUCAUGCCAAAGCAGAAUCACAGCUAACUAACAGGUUGGGUCAGAACCCUAUAGCCUCAGGGAUAUGACACAGUACAGGCCAUGCCAAAGCAGAAUCACAGCUAACUAACAGGUUGGGUCAGAACCCUAUAGCCUCAGGGAUAUGGCACAGUACAGGUCAUGCCACAGCAUAAUCACAGCUAACUAACAGGUUGGGUCAGAACCCUAUAGCCUCAGGGAUAUGGCACAGUACAGGUCAUGCCACAGCAUAAUCACAGCUAACUAACAGGUUGGGUCAGAACCCUAUAGCCUCAGGGAUAUGGCACAGUACAGGUCAUGCCACAGCAUAAUCACAGCUAACUAACAGGUUGGGUCAGAACCCUAUAGCCUCAGGGAUAUGGCACAGUACAGGUCAUGCCACAGCAUAAUCACAGCUAACUAACAGGUUGGGUCAGAACCCUAUAGCCUCAGGGAUAUGGCACAGUACAGGUCAUGCCACAGCAUAAUCACAGCUAACUAACAGGUUGGGUCAGAACCCUAUAGCCUAAGGGAUAUGGCACAGUACAGGUCAUGCCACAGCAUAAUCACAGCUAACUAACAGGUUGGGUCAGAACCCUAUAGCCUCAGGGUGCAGAUGUGCUGCCAACAAUGCAAUGUUUUCAACAGCAGUUUGAUCAAAGCUGCAUGGGCUCUCUAACUGGCAACAUGUUAAUGUCCAGGGAACAUAAUGUACUGUAAUAUAGACAUGAGGAUGUGAGCACCUGUGGUCUUCCACUCCAUAGGGGGAGAAAGAAGCUGAUAGGAAGAGCUGAUUGUUUUGUUCUGGUUUUUACAUAUUUUAACUAAUGGAAAGAUAAACUACUAAUGCAUUAUCAUUGGCUGUGGUUAGUCAAAAGAUAAAACUGAUCACCAAUAACUGAGUAAAUGUAACACCAGAUAGUGAUCAUAAUAAAGCUUUCUGCUAUAAUCAUAAUGUAACACCAGAUAGUGAUCAUAAUAAAGCUUUCUGCUAUAAUCACAAUGUAACACCAGAUACUGAUCAUAAUAAAGCUUUCUGCUAUAAUCCCAAUGUAACACCAUGGUAAAAAAAAAAAAAAAGACAAAAUCAAUGCAGGUAACACAACCUUCUGCAGUGUGAGAACUUAUUCUAAUCGCAACAAAAAAAAAAACUUACUUUGACUAAUUUUGCCAAAACUUUAAAGAAGUGUCACUGUCAACUGAUCCUGACAAAAAUGUACUCACCAAAUGUGUCUCCAUUGGCCUCCUCGGGUUUUGUCCCCGGUCUCUUCUCCUGAUCGACAGUCUGUGUGCUGGACGAAGAACACCCCAUGGUGAAGAAGAGAGGAGAGAUGAAGAGAUGGAUGAAAAUAAAAGAUGGAAAGAAGAUUGACACUAAAAGCGAAUGGUCGAUGCUCUGUCAACUCAGACAGCGACUGGCUGGGUAAAACAUGAACAGAACAGCAAGGUGGUUGUCUAUGAGGAGUAACUGGAGACCAUUAUUUCCUGUUGUCUGUCUGCCCUGUCUGUUUAUGCAUGGCCAGUCGCCCUCAUGCCCUGGACAACGGACUGUUGUGCUCUGCACACUAACCACACGUAAGGCACUGUCUGGAUAAAAUGAAGACCCUCAACUGUGCUCUCUCUCUUUACAUUGGGGAAGUAGUUUAAACAAGAGCAUGUUGAUCAACCCCGCCCCCUACCCUCUCCUUCAGAAGAGCCCAUUCUCUGAAAAAUCCACCUGGUGGCUCUUAUGUACUGGUGAGUUCUCUUUCCCCCAUUUAUAGUUCAAGUAACUUGGAAUGUAUUACUAGUAAUACAUGUUUGUUUGUUUAUUAUUCCAAAUAAGACAAUCCAAGACUUUGGCCCAGACGUUGAUGGACUGUCAACAACAAGUCAUUUGUCAGUAAGUGCAAGUGGAGGGAUACCAGUGCCUGCAGCCCUCUCCGCAAAAAAAGUAUCAAACGUGAUUGAUAAUUUACAAAGUAGUCAAUGUCUGCAAAAAAUAGGGCGUGUGUGUGCGCGCAGUGUUAAAUUGUUGCUGUUACAGUGCCAUCUACCAGUACUGUACUAUCUUUGACGCGACGUCGCCAUCUACUGGAUGAAGUAGCCACCUGCAGCAUCAAAGAUACUUGGCGCUUUGCACAACAAGCAGAACCGCACCCCCUCGCGGCAACUGAAGCGGGACGCUGGUUACUAUAGGAACGAAUCGCUUGGAGUUUCUCUGUUUAUGAGAGACACACACAGGUCGCUCGCUAACUUUACAUCGUAGCGAGUAAUUAUUUCGCUAAAUACCUACAACUUCUCAUUCCCUCCGUGACACGGUUAUUGUCUCGUGAGUAGGAAAUUGACUUCUCACUAUUGCUUUCAACCAUUCUCUUCACUAACAGUAACGUUAGCUAGUAACAUUAAACCAAACUGCUAACUUUAGCUAACUAGCAUUGUCGUCAAAGACUGUCGCACGACCCAGGCUGUAGGUACUAGGCUAGCCACAACUUUGUAAAUGUAGCUUUAUUAAUGUAUGGGCAUUUCUGUUGUCAACAGGUCAGCCAUGAAUGCAGAGAUAGUUUCCUCACUUCUAACUCAAGAGGUGCCAGCAGGAGCUGCUGCAGCAGUUCCAGUGGAUCACCUGGACUAUGGCUACAUUGAGAAAUGCACUGACGUGAAACACCUGGGGAAGAUUCUGAGGGUGCUAAGGUAAAUGGUUCAAUCUAAGUGAGAAAUGGACAAAAGAGUUGCACAAAUAGUGCAACAAAAAUUCAGAACUGAAAUGGGGAUCAAUAUGCUCUUUUCCUUCCUGAUGACUAUUAUGCCAGCCAAGUGAACAUCUCUGUAUUAUGUUGAUAGAUGUCAUGAAAUUCACAGUCAGCCAUUUCACUACAGAUCUGGAGAUGAGGGUAUCUAUCCCCAUCUGAUAGAGUUCUGUGAGAGUCGUCUGGAGAGGUUGGACCCAAGAAGCCGUGCCCUCAGAAAGGACAACCCCCCAGCCACCGCUGCCUGCCUCUCUGGAGAUGAAUGGAGCCAGAUCACUGACGAACUCAAGGUGCUGUCCUCACCACACAACGUUGUCUAAAAGUGACCACAAGGUUGUGGGGCCUCACUGUGCCAAUGUGACUUUUGUAAUCUGUCGUGGACAGACUACGUAAAACAUCAAGCAUCUGACCAAAUUAUGCAAGAUUUGAGUUCUGGGUUAACAGAGAUCAGUGACUUUGUAACAACACUUGGACGUGUCAUUGAGACUUUGUAUUAGUAGUAAUACCAUAGUAGUGUAGCAGUAGUACUGCUGUAGACAAUGACAUGGAUACACACGUCCUUAUGUACCAGACUUACCUAACAUCCACCACACUGUUUCACUGUUACAGAAGUGGGAGAGAGAUGCCAAAAUGAGUGAAACUGAGCUGAAACAACAAUCUUUAUUUCAUGAUCUUGAAAAUGAUAAUGUUCCCCCAGUACGUGGCUCAAGUUGCUCUAUUACUCUCAAGCAGGUAAAGUCUCUCUGUUUAUGAGGAAAUACAAUUAUUUUGUGUUGUCAGACAAUAGUAGAACAAUGAGUUGAACUUCAUUCUGAAUUGUGUUGCAGAAUGCCGUUUCAAAUGGACAGAAGAAAACUUCACAGAAGAAGGUUCUUCCUCGUAAUUAUAUAGAAUGGGACCAGUGAGUCUAUAGAAGGUUCUUCCUCCUGAUUAUAUAGAAUGGGACCAGUGAGUCUAUAGAAGGUUCUUCCUCCUGAUUAUAUAGAAUGGGACCAGUGAGUCUAUAGAAGGUUCUUCCUCCUGAUUAUAUAGAAUGGGACCAGUGAGUCUAUAGAAGGUUCUUCCUCCUGAUGAUAUAGAAUGGGACCAAUGAGUCUAUAGAUUUUUCCUCCUGAUUAUAUAGAAUGGGACCAGUGAGUCUAUAGAAGGUUCUUCCUCCUGAUUAUAUAGAAUGGGACCAGUGAGUCUAUAGAAGGUUCUUCCUCCUGAUUAUAUAGAAUGGGACCAGUGAGUCUAUAGAAGAUUCUUCCUCCUGAUUAUAUAGAAUGGGACCAGUGAGUCUAUAGAAGGUUCUUCCUCCUGAUUAUAUAGAAUGGGACCAGUGAGUCUAUAGAAGGUUCUUCCUCCUGAUUAUAUAGAAUGGGACCAGUGAGUCUAUAGAAAGUUCUUCCUCCUGAUUAUAUAGAAUGGGACCAGUGAGUCUAUAGAAGGUUCUUCCUCCUGAUUAUAUAGAAUGGGACCAAUGAGUGUAUAGUUUUUUCCUGCCUUAUAAUUUGUGUAUGGGGUCCUGGAAUCAUACUUAGACAAUAUUAUCAACGUUAUCCCUCUGUAUUGCAGGUAUGACGUCGACAGGGAGUGUGAUAAAAUUGAUGGAAAUGUAACAACAAAGGAUCCCCCCGCAAUUAUAAACUCUAGAUAUCUGAAAAUCAGGAGCAAAAUGAAUACAACAGGUGAAAUAUCUAUUUGGUUCCCAUUAGACUGUGUCAUUAGUGUCUCAGAGAUGUUAUUUAGUUGUAACGGUUACACAAGUGUAAAUACAUGAAUUGUGUUGUUCAGUUAUAUCAUGAAUUCAUGCUCACUUGCAGUAUGUCUUUAUUUGACUGUUGUUGCUCCGUAGUCUUGAUAGAAUGUGUAUGUUCUUCUAGCGCUGACUGAGCAGGAGAAAGUCCUCGUUGCCAACCGUGAGAAGGUUAAAGGCAACGAGGCUUUCAAGGCCAACGACUAUGAAGAAGCAGUGGUGUAUUAUUCAAGGUCAGACCCUUUAACUUAACACUAACAGCUGUCUCACUUGGAGGAGUUAGGGAUCGUCAUUACCGUCAAGCUAAGCUGAUGCUAGUAUCUUUUAGUGAAUGCAUAUUCAAUGGGUUUAAUUCCUUUUGUCUUGAGUUCAGCUUUAAACCAUAGAGAUACAUUUAUAUUCAUAGAGAUCCUAUUCAUUUGCUAAAGGGGCUAUGUCAUAAUUCCUUAUUCAAUGUUUAUAUUAAGGAAAGCCCUCAGUGAGAAGGUCUUAUCCAGUAAUCAGUCUCAGUACUGCUAAAUGUGGUCCAUCUCUCUUCUCUCCAUGUCUCCUCCUCACCAGGAGUCUGUCAGUGGUACCAACCGUAGCAGGUUACAACAACAGAGCCCAGUCAGAGAUCAACCUGCAGCACUGGCACAAUGCCCUCAACGACUGUCAGAAGGCACUGGAGAUGGAGCCAGGCAAUAUGAAAGGUACUGUUCCACUGGAGAUGGAGCCAGGCUCUAUGAAAGGUACUGUUCCACUGGAGAUGGAGCCAGGCCAUAUGAAAGGUACUGUUCCACUGGAGAUGGAGCCAGGCUAUAUGAAAGGUACUGUUCCACUGGAGAUGGAGCCAGGCAAUAUGAAAGGUACUGUUCCACUGGAGAUGGAGCCAGGCAAUAUGAAAGGUACUGUUCCACUGGAGAUGGAGCCAGGCAAUAUGAAAGGUACUGUUCCACUGGAGAUGGAGCCAGGCUCUAUGAAAGGUACUGUUCCACUGGAGAUGGAGCCAGGCCAUAUGAAAGGUACUGUUCCACUGGAGAUGGAGCCAGGCUAUAUGAAAGGUACUGUUCCACUGGAGAUGGAGCCAGGCUAUAUGAAAGGUACUGUUCCACUGGAGAUGGAGCCAGGCUCUAUGAAAGGUACUGUUCCACUGGAGAUGGAGCCAGGCUCUAUGAAAGGUACUGUUCCACUGGAGAUGGAGCCAGGCCAUAUGAAAGGUACUGUUCCACUGGAGAUGGAGCCAGGCUAUAUGAAAGGUACUGUUCCACUGGAGAUGGAGCCAGGCUAUAUGAAAGGUACUGUUCCACUGGAGAUGGAGCCAGGCUAUAUGAAAGGUACUGAUCCACUGGAGAUGGAGCCAGGCAAUAUGAAAGGUACUGUUCCACUGGAGAUGGAGCCAGGCUAUAUGAAAGGUACUGUUCCACUGGAGAUGGAGCCAGGCUAUAUGAAAGGUACUGUUCCACUGGAGAUGGAGCCGGGCUAUAUGAAAGGUACUCAACUUCUCCGCUGUUUUGGUCCCGUAUCUAUGACGUUGCAACUACGUGAAGCGAACUCAUGGACAUGUGCAGAUACUGUGUAUGACUGGGAAAGAGAAGUCGUGCAUCUUGCUCAGAUACUGUGUAUGACUGGGAGAGAGAAGUCGUGCAUCUCGCUCAGAUACUGUGUAUGACUGGGAGAGAGAAGUCGUGCAUCUCGCUCAGAUACUGUGUAUGACUGGGAGAGAGAAGUCGUGCAUCUCGCUCAGAGACUGUGUAUGACUGGGAGAGAGAAGUCAUGCAUCUCGCUCAGAUACUGUGUAUGACUGGGAGAGAGAAGUCGUGCAUCUCGCUCAGAGACUGUGUAUGACUGGGAGAGAGAAGUCGUGCAUCUCGCUCAGAGACUGUGUAUGACUGGGAGAGAGAAGUCGUGCAUCUCGCUCAGAGACUGUGUAUGACUGGGAGAGAGAAGUCGUGCAUCUCGCUCAGAGACUGUGUAUGACUGGGAGAGAGAAGUUGUGCAUCUCGCUCAGAGACUGUGUAUGACUGGGAGAGAGAAGUCGUGCAUCUCGCUCAGAGACUGUGUAUGACUGGGAGAGAGAAGUCGUGCAUCUCGCUCAGAGACUGUGUAUGACUGGGAGAGAGAAGUCGUGCAUCUCGCUCAGAGACUGUGUAUGACUGGGAGAAAGAAGUCGUGCGUCUUGCUCAUCUCAAUAUCUGUGGUGCUGCUGGUGCAUCGUCACUUAAUUGAGUCUACCUUUCAGAAUGACUGGUCUUGUCUAUUUAAUGUAUACGCACAGUUAUGAAUACUAAUAUAACCAUGCUACAUAGGAAACUGCAUCACCACAUGUGCGUCCAAAAUGGCACCCUAUUCCCUAUAUAGUGCACUACUUUUGGCCUGAGUCCUAUGGGCCCUGGUUCAAAAAUAGUGCACUGAGGAAUAAGGUGUGAUUUCAAAGCCCAUGUCAUGUUCCUGGCUGACAGGGUUUUGUAAUAUUGUGUGUUUUGAAGCUCUGCUCCGCAGGGCCACAGUGCUGAAACAGCAGGGGAACUAUCAGAUGGCUGCUGAAGACCUGAGGAGCGUACUGCAGGCUGAACCACAGAACAUCACUGCUACUGUAAGUGUCUCACACACACACACACACACACAGCCCAACACACACACAAACACACACACACACUCACACACACACACACACACACACACAGACCAACACGGUGUGUUGGAGUUACUGUAUCAACCAUUCUGUUCCCUCCACAAAAUGAAUGACAGCAUCAGGUCUCCUGUUUAUUCAAUAGACGGUACUGUAGUGACCAUCAGGUCUCCUGUUUAUUCAAUAGAUAGUACUGUAGUGACCAUCAGGUCUCCUGUUUAUUCAAUAGAUAGUACUGUAGUGACCAUCAGGUCUCCUGUUUAUUCAAUAUAUAGAUAGUACUGUAGUGACCAUCAGGUCUCCUGUUUAUUCAAUAGAUAGUACUGUAGUGACCAUCAGGUCUCCUGUUUAUUCAAUAGAUAGAUAGUACUGUAGUGACCAUCAGGUCUCCUGUUUAUUCAAUAGACGGUACUGUAGUGACCAUCAGGUCUCCUGUUUAUUCAAUAGACGGUACUGUAGUGACCAUCAGGUCUUCUGUUUAUUCAAUAGACGGUACUGUAGUGACCAUCAGGUCUCCUGUUUAUUCAAUAGACGGUACUGUAGUGACCAUCAGGUCUCCUGUUUAUUCAAUAGAUAGUACUGUAGUGACCAUCAGGUCUCCUGUUUAUCCAAUAGAUAGUACUGUAGUGACCAUCAGGUCUCCUGUUUAUUCAAUAGAUAGUACUGUAGUGACCAUCAGGUCUCCUGUUUAUUCAAUAGACGGUACUGUAGUGACCAUCAGGUCUCCUGUUUAUUCAAUAGAUAGUACUGUAGUGACCAUCAGGUCUCCUGUUUAUUCAAUAGACGGUACUGUAGUGACCAUCAGGUCUCCUGUUUAUUCAAUAGACGGUACUGUAGUGACCAUCAGGUCUCCUGUAUAUUCAAUAGAUAGUACUGUAGUGACCAUCAGGUCUCCUGUUUAUUCAAUAGACCCAAUUACGGUACUGUAGUGACCAUCAGGUCUCCUGUUUAUUCAAUAGAUAGAUAGUACUGUAGUGACCAUCAGGUCUCCUGUUUAUUCAAUAGGCGGUACUUUAGUGACCAUCAGGUCUCCUGUUUAUUCAAUAGACGGUACUGUAGUGACCAUCAGGUCUCCUGUUUAUUCAAUAGACGGUACUGUAGUGACCAUCAGGUCUCCUGUAUAUUCAAUAGAUAGUACUGUAGUGACCAUCAGGUCUCCUGUUUAUUCAAUAUACGGUACUGUAGUGACCAUCAGGUCUCCUGUUUAUUCAAUAGAUAGAUAGUACUGUAGUGACCAUCAGGUCUCCUGUUUAUUCAAUAGAUAGUACUGUAGUGACCAUCAGGUCUCCUGUUUAUUCAAUAGAUAGUACUGUAGUGACCAUCAGGUCUCCUGUUUAUUCAAUAGAUAGUACUGUAGUGACCAUCAGGUCUCCUGUUUAUUCAAUAGAUAGUACUGUAGUGACCAUCAGGUCUCCUGUUUAUUCAAUAGAUAGUACUGUAGUGACCUGGAAUGAUGGAUAUGGAGUUGACUUAUCUUCAGUCGUGUCACAUUUCAAAGGAACAUUAAGUCUUGAAUAGUAUGGACUGUUACUACUGUUAAAUCACCUGUCUUCAUCUGCAUAACAUGUUGUUUGACUAUGUUUGCAUUGAAUCUAAUGGAACAAUAGAAUGAACUAUUUUCAGGUCUUCUGUUCUGAUUUUCCUUCACACAUCCUGGCCCACAGAAACUUCUGGUUGAGGUGGAUAAGAAACUAAACCAGUGUCAACCGGAGAAGGAACGUAAAAGCAAGAAGAUCGUCAUUCAGGAAGUGGAGAAUGAGCAAGGGGAAGACCAGAGAGGUGAGUGA